CCCGCCUCCCCGCCCCCGGCUCCGCAUCGCCGCGGCCGGAGCGCACGCCGCCCGCCCGAGGAUGCUCCGCGCUUUUGUUCCCCUGCCGCAGCCUUUGGGAGGACUCUCGUCCUGACUCGGUGGAGGUUCCUCUCCCUCUUCCCCCAGCCCCUCAUCCCUCCUCGGCGCGGCAGCUCACCCGGGAGGGCAUCGGUAUCAGCUCUCUCCGGUGCGCCGGGGAAGUUGCUGACAUGCCUGCCGCUGGGUCCCGGUGCACCGGCAGCGGCGGGGAGCCGGAUUUAAAGGGGAAUUGUGCUGCAGACAAUGCACAGCAGCAGCAUCUGGAGCAGCCCUGGGGACUGGAGCUCCGGUUUUGACAUUGCUGCACACACAGCACCAGCCGCAAUGACAGCAGCUGCCUGGAGUGGCUGCAGGCAGCAGGCAGGAGCAUGAAGUAGAGAUCACUGCAGUGCUCAAGAUGAACUCCUCUUUGGUUGGCAACCAGAGUGGCCGGCCCUUCUGUCUCCUGGCCAUUAGCUAUUUGGAGACCAUCAAUUUUUGCCUCCUGGAAGUUGUUAUUAUUGUGUUCCUCAUGGUGCUGAUUAUUUCGGGCAACAUUAUUGUGAUAUUUGUCUUUCACUGUGCACCUCUGCUGAACCACCACACCACCAGCUACUUCAUCCAGACUAUGGCGUAUGCUGACCUCCUGGUGGGCGUGAGCUGUCUGGUGCCUUCUUUGUCUCUGCUGCACUAUCCUAUUGUUUUAAGUGAGUCCUUGGUUUGCCAAAUCUUUGGUUAUGUGGUAUCAGUGCUGAAGAGCGUCUCCAUGGCCUCCCUGGCCUGCAUCAGCAUUGACAGGUACAUUGCCAUCACGAAGCCCCUGACCUACAACACGCUGGUUACCCCCUGGAGGCUGCGAAUCUGCAUAUUGACCAUUUGGCUCUACUCCUGCCUGGUCUUCUUACCCUCCUUUCACUGGGGAAAGCCUGGAUAUCACGGGGAUGUGUUCCAGUGGUGCGCCAGCUCCUGGAACACCGACCCCUAUUUCACCCUCUUCAUUGUGGUGAUGCUCUACGCCCCGGCCGCUUUCAUCGUCUGCUUCACCUACUUCAACAUCUUCCGCAUCUGCCAGCAGCACACCAAGGAGAUCAACGAGCGCCGGGUGCGCUUCAGCUCGCAGGACGGGGAGGCCGGGGAGGCGCAGCCCUGCCCGGACAAGCGCUAUGCCAUGGUCCUGUUCCGCAUCACCAGCGUCUUCUACAUCCUGUGGCUGCCCUACAUCAUCUAUUUCCUGCUGGAGAGCUCCAAUGUCUACAGUAACCGCGUGGCGUCCUUCUUGACCACUUGGCUUGCCAUUAGCAACAGUUUCUGCAACUGUGUUAUUUACAGUCUCUCCAACAGUGUCUUUCAGAAGGGGCUGAAGCGUCUCUCGGGGGCCAUCUGUGCCUCGUGUGCUAGACAGAGGGUAGCUAAGGACUCCUCUACCUCUAGGAGCAAAAGAUCUUCCAAUGGAUGUCAUGUCUAGGACGCCUGUCAGCCGGACUGGGAAGUGCAGGGACAAUUGCGUAGAUUGCAGAAUAACUUAGAUGCGAUUUUAAGAUACCCAGAUUUGCAAAAAGGUUUCUGAGAAAUGCUGCUGACAUAGAAGGAUCAGGAGCACAUAUUGUUGUGGUUUCACUUUAAAAAAUGGUUGCUGUGGAGGAGGCUGUGGAGUUUCACCUCCACAUUCAUUUUAAAGAAUAAAGCUGUAUCUUGACACUUACCUCUCCAGCUGGUGUGACUGAAUGGAGUGGGUGUCUGAGAGCUUCGGCAAAAUGUAGUUCUUUCUUACAGCUUUACUGGGUUCUUUGGAGAUUCGUGCUUCACAUGUAAAUGAUAGAUCUGAAGUGGAAAUGUCACAGUCUAUGGUAUAUUACAGGGAUUUUUUUAAAUAUAUGCCAAAGUAUAUUGACACAACGUUCCAGCGUCAGAACAGAAGGGGCCAAACAAUGUUUUUCAGUGCUACCUAGACAGGACUUAGAACAGGAGUGAACAAUGUGAACGUUUCAGUGUGGACUGUGUUAAUGAGCCGUGAGUGCAGCCCUGUGGUCUGGGCAGUUGUUCUGGUAGGGCUGAUCUGGCUUCCGUGCCCCGUUUCCCUGGUAGGAUGCAUGUUUGGAUCAGAGUGCGGCAUCUGCGUUUUCCUGUUUGCUGUGAAGGAAGAAAAACUUGGAUCAGACCAAAUUUAGCAGUUAAAUAAAAUGUGUUUUGAUAAGCUAAGAGAAAGUACGUGUUGCUUUAUGAUACCAGAGUUGUGGCAGCCACUCAAGGAUGAUGCCAACAUGUGAAAAUUGUUCUCAAACCAGUGGAGAAAUGCCGCGGGUUUGUAUGUGGAAAUUUUCUCAAGAACAACUUUAAAAAUAACAUGUCCUUUUUUUUUUUUUUAAUCUAAAUUCUUCUGAUAUUUUACAUACUGGAACUUAAGGGGAAAGGAAAGAAAACAAUUGUCUUCUAAACAGCUAAGAGAACUAUGUUGUAAAUUUAACUGUAGUAUUUGAGUUAUUCAUAAGUGCACAGAGCUAAAUCAGAGACAUUUUUCUUUAGCCUUCAUGGGAUUAAAGAUGGUUCAAAUAUAGCAGGAGCUAAAUCCUGUUGGCAAAAGCAUAUCUAACUGGUCAGACAAAGGCAAUAUCUUAGGAACCAAAUCUCAUUGACCACAGCUUGUUCAAGCUAGCCUAGAUUAAAUGUUUUGAGUACUGUCAUGCUGUUAAGAAGGCAGAAUGGCUCUGAAAUUGUUGAAUUUUUCCUAAAGAAUAUCCUUGUCUUGUUACUGAUGCCAUUUUGGAAACGAAAGUGAACCAAGUAUUCCUGUAGUGGGGGUUGCAGUGUCACCCUGUCCCUGGUGCAGGGCUGUCCCUCUGUCUGUCCUGCUCUGAGCAGGUUGUGCCCCUGACCAUCCACCCUCUGUGCCCCUCCUUGUGCUUCCCGUCAUUGCCUUGGGCUGCUGAGUGGGGAAUUCCCUGAGCUCCUCUGCUGCAGCUGGUGUGCUCUUAGUCACAGUGGGAAUGAAAAAAGGAUAGGGAAAAAUAAUGUGAUAUUUUUAGAAUUGGGGUAAUUCUCUUGGCCAAAGGGAAGGCUCUGUUUUUGUUAAAUCGUUUCAAGUCUAUGUUGUUCUAGAUCAAGAUAAUAUUUUUAAUACUCUGCCCUGUCCCUCCUGCAAACUCCCCCACCCUCUGCUGUGCUGUGAGCCCUGGCCUCUCCUCUCCAUGCCUUGCCCUGGAGGAUACCAGCUGGUCUCUGCCCCAUCACAUGCCACGAUUGCUACAGCCCAGCCCUGCUGCCCAUCCACAUUUGCUCCAGUACAGUCUCGUGGGGCUGCCAGUGAGGAAACAGGGAAGGAGAGCAGCAGGAUGAAGCAUUCUUGGCAUGGCAUGUAUUUGUCAGCACUCAGUGCUGGUUGAGUUGCUCUCCUGGAUUUGUGUACCUGUUCAGGGGAGGAUGGGGCAGACCCCCCUGCUCCUGCUGCCCCCUCCUGCUGGAGGGCUCUGGGGCAAAGCCUUUCAGUGAUCUAGAUCAGCUUCCAACUUACUUCAUCCCUAGCCAGUCCAAACCUCUCAAGAUCAACAUCCUCUUCAGUUCAUCUGAAAUUUUAAGAGCACAGGUUGUCUAAGCCCUGCUGCCUUCACAGCACCCUUUCUUGCUCUCUCUGUAGUGAAGAGCAGAGGGGGUUGGUGCUGGAUCCGAGCAGACACGCCCGGGGUGAUGGGCUCAGCAGAGCCCUCGCAGCCGAAAUGUUGGUUCCACACAGGCAGGCUGGGGGAGCACAGGGCUGCAGUGACUCACCUGCAGAACAAGUGGGAUAAUGAGCUCUCAGCACAUGGUGGCUGAUUGUCUCGGGCGCUCUGUGGGGGUGAUGGCAAAGGUGGGCUUUGGGGAACAAUUCAAGGGCUUUAGUCACUAAUAUCAAAGUGUGUGUGUGUGGUAUUUUUGGAACAGCCUCUCAGGUAAACUCCCCGUAGCCUUUCUCUGAAUCUUCACCUUAUCUAACAUUUCCAAGUCUUUGAAAUGAUGCAGUGUGUCAUUGAAAUAGCAUUUGAUUAAACUUCAUAGAAGAGAAGAAUCUGCUGGGGCCUGAAACCCUAGAAAUGGCAGUUUCAGGUUUAAGUGGAAGCUGGAAAGCAAAGGUUGUUGCUUUUGGAGUUUUUGAUGGCUAGAUAGAGGGUUUAAAUAGGAGCUUUGUGUGCUAGUUUUUGAGAAUUUUGCAGGUUUUUGAAGCUGGUAAGGGGUCUAAAUCAUGGCAUAGAGAUUUAACUGGAGCUGAAGCAGUUGCUCCUUCAGCCCUGAGCCUGGAAUUGCACUUGGAGCGUGGUGGCUGAUCCAGAUCCAGAUGCAUUCUUGCAGCUGUUGCUGCUUUGCAGCAAAGGUUCAGUUCUAACAUUCCUGACAGCCAGGCUGUUUUCGGUUGCCUUACUCAUCUCCAAGUCUUCCUCAGCUCAGACAUUUUCUGUAAGAGGUGAAAAUCAGAAUCUGGAAGUCUCCAAGAGAUUAGGAUGGAGAGGAGUUGCAGCCAAUUGAUGCAUUCGAGUUUCAUCCACUCUACAGACACUUCUGGUGUUGCCUCAGUAGCUUAGUUUUAGUGUCAAAUAUUUCUCUUUUUGUCUGUGUUAAUUUAUUGAUAUUUUAAAAAUUUAAAUUACAUUAUUUCCCUCUUAAUUUAAUGUUGAUGUAAUAUGUGUAGAAUGUGUUUAGAUGUUUUAAAUAUUUAUAACAUUAGAGUCUGUUGUCUUCAGUGAAAUUGCAGGGGGUGAAUUCUGUUCACUGUGCCAAUGGUGGGAAAAAGAAUUUUGACCCACCUGACUGUUUCUCAGCAGUGCAUUGAACACCUUUUGUCAUGCACCCAGCACAGGGGUCAUUCCCAUCACAAUGUGUGCUAGGAAUGCUCAGGCAGCAAACUUUGCAGCUGGAUCAUUUUCAUCCUCCACAUGUGAAAUGAAACCACUUCUGGCUCUGUUUGAGGCUGGGUGCUUUGGAAAUCAGUGGUGAGAGCAUUGCACAGAUAAAUGCCACGCUGAGGAGAGGACAGAAAUCAAACUGCAUCUUCAUAAAAAUGGGGUUGUGAUAUGAUUAAAUGAACUAAUUUUGAAGUUCCAUCUCAGACUAUAAAUUUAUUUUUUAUUAGAGUUAUCUGCCUCACUUUCAAAUUAAGCUGCUGGAAGGUUCAAUUUGCAAGAUGCAGUUCAGUGGCUUUUUCAGUGCCAUGGGAAGGAUUUCUAUACUCACAGCUUCUCAGAAGAUGGUAAUUUGCUUCAUGUAGAAGCCCUUUUUUUUUUAAAGAUUACUGGAAGUUUAGGUUGUGAUUAUAUUGUCAUUCUUCAAAUAUACUGGGAAAAUAGCUGUGAAAUAUUAUUUUUUUAUGAUCUCAAUCAAGGGACAUUAUUUUUAAACUCAACAGAAAUCUUUUGUGUCAAACAAAAGUUUUACUAUUAUUUACUGUUAAUUUUUUUUGUUAAAUGUUACCAGCUUCUGCAGUCUGUUUGUUGUUAGGGAGUUUGUACUUGUUUUUAAGCUUCUUAUCAGUCAGAAAUAUGUUUCUACUACUUGGAAUUGUGACAUGGCUCAGUGUCAGAGUGCCAAGGGGCAGUUUUGGAUGUUUGUCACAAGUCUUUGACCGGAAGAAAGGGGUACAAAGUACUGAGGCACAGAGAACUGCAAGAGACAGAGAAUUCCCAAUGGCAUUGUUCCCUCCAGCUCAUAUAAAGGCUUUAUGUGUGAGAACCCCAAAUUUCAGUUUGUCUGUUCUGAAAAAAGACACUUCCAAGGCCUGGGUGUGAUAGGAGAUGGGAACAUUCAGUGUGCAAAUCCAAUUUGCAGAUUUUUUGCUAUUUAUCCUGGUGUUCCCAAGUGCUGUGAUGAUCAAGGCAGUAACUCCAUGAGUCAGGAAGUCUGAAAUAUUUCAGCCUGGUCUUCACAUCAGGGUUUGAAGUUGACAGAACUUCUAAGUCAGGUUGGUGCUUUAAAACAAUAUUUAUUAGGAACCAGUAUGUGAGCACAGGAAUCUGCCUUCAGACUUCACAGACAAAAGACCCUUCUAAAAUUUUUUCAAUUCAUCUGUUUUAGAUAACUUAAUACAAGGAGGCGGAGGUUUUGGAAGGCUUUUUAUUCUGUUGUUUUAGCACAUGUUUGGUUUUGAGUUUUUGAAGCAUCUGCUGAAACUUUUGCCUGACUUGGCCCUUAUUUUAUUGUUUGGUUUAGAAAUGUUUCUUCUUCCCUUCCAUGACUUUGCAGAAUACAACACAUCCUUCCCGUGGUGUCAUUCAAGAUAAACUCAGAUUUUAAUCCCAGUUUAUCCAAAUGUUAUCUUUAAUAUUCCCUAUACAGUGCAUGGUGUUGUGUGUGUGGGGCUGUGGUCAGGCCAGGCCUGGGGAGGCUGCAGCUGCUCAGGUUUUACAGACUGUCUCCAUCAAAGCAAGCAGCCCCUCUUUUGGGAUGGGGGGAGAAUGUCCCAUUUUCACUACAGAGAAGUGUGCUGGCUUCUAGGCUUAUGUCUUACUUCCAGUACUAUUUCCAUUAUUGCCUGUGCUUUGCAGAGGUACUGCUUCAAAAGGUGUUUCUGCACAUAAGCAAAGGCAUUUAAUACAAAAGUUCUGUUUUUGGAAGGGGACAGGUCUUCAAAAUUAAAGUUUAGUGAGUGUAGGACCAGGUGUACUUGUGUUUAGAGAAAGAAACUGAAAGUUGUGGCCGAGGGAAACAAAGAGAGGAAACCUGCUGGAGGCUGGUCAAAACAAUGGAGUAUUUAAUGUGGGUCAUUGUCUUUACAAUACACACUUCUUUUAAAUAUGGAGUUUAACCUUCUUGCUUUUGCUUUGCUGCUCCCUGGAGGCAGCUGCUCUGAGCCUGGGGCAGACCUGGGGUGAUGAGCAGCCCGUCCCUCAUUUGAGUUCAGGUGGUGCCAGUCCAUGUCACUGGUCUGGCUGAGUGUUCCAGCACAGGGAGUUAAUCUGGUGGGAUGUACUUUGUUUGUCAGCUUUUCUGGUUUUUGUCCUGUGAUGUUGUUUUCUAGACAGGUGCAGUGUUUGUUUAUAGAGGCAGCUUUGCUGAUGGUUUCCACACAAUGAUGAGUUCUGUCAUCUGAGAGUGGAGAGCACGCCCCAGUGUGUGUGCUCUGCAGGCAUUCUGUGGAGGUGUUUGUCUCACCCAUAUCCAUUUGCAUCUCCUGAGCUUCUGCAGUUAAUGAAACAUGAACAGAAGUGAUGUUCCUGUGUCCUGGCCCAGGUUGUUUCUUUACAUCUCAGAUGUCUUUCAGCAAUCUGUGCAGUCAGAACUGAUCCUCCUGCUGGUGAUUUCGUGGUUGUUUCAGCUGAGAACUGGAGUUGUUAAAGUCCCCCUUGUUUUGUCCUGGAGCUGUUUUGGGGGAGUGUUGCAAUCCCUGGGCUGAUCACAGGAUGUGCAGGCUGUGCUCCAGCAGCAGGUCCCUGUGGGACAGACCUGUUGAGGGUUGGUAACCAGUGGCUUUAGUGGCUGAGAAGUUUUAAGAAGUGCUGAGUGGAUGCACAUUGCAUUAGGUAAUGUUUAGAGCAGGGGUUUAGAGAGACCCUUGUUUGGAAGGAAGGACUGGGGAAGGCUCCAGCUGCCUGUGUGUGAGGCCUGAGGUGCAGCACAGCAGGGCUGGAGCAGAGCAGGUAGCCCAGACUUUCUGUUCUGACUUCUAUUUAUGAAUUUGUAAGAUGAAGAUAGCAAUUUUGUAAUUCAAAGCUUCAGCUUCUUUCUGAUGGUCAUUACUGGAGAUCCUUUCAUUAAAAGGUGAAGUGAAUUCGAGUGGCUCCUCAUAAAGAUGAACUCAAAUCUUGCUGUGCAUAUGAGAAUCAUUCUCAGUGUUACACAGACCACGUGAACCAAGCAAUCAAAUGCUUAAUAAACCAAGUCAUUACUUUUAUGGUAAAUUGAAAAAAGUUCUUCUGGGAUUUCAACUGUAAAUGAAUCCUUGAAAAUCAAUAAUUAGAUUAGUAAAGGAUGACAUUUUAAUAUGCUGGCAGGAAUAUAGAGGGAUUUGUCAGGGGAAGCAAAACCAGACUUUGCACUAAAGUGGCUUAGGUAUAUUUAUAGUGCUAGUGAUUCUGUGUGUGUGUGUGGGAUCUUUGGACUAUUUUAAUAUAAUGUAAGGCUUUGAGCUUUAGCAAACUCAAGUUGCUUGUUUUAUGAAGUUACAUUAGUACCACACUGUGAAGUAUUUUUAAAUAUUAGCAUUACUGAGUAUUAAAAGUAUUUCAUAAAAACAUUUUUUAAAACGUUUUCUGUAGAUGCUGUCGAAUGAAUUGAUGUUUAGUGUACAAAGAAAUAAAACCUGAGGGCUGUAAGGUACCUGUCUGUUUCUGAUCACCUCGGUUUUUGAGGGGUUAGGUAUUUCUUGAGGUUAAAUUGUCAUUAAAACCUACUAAAAAUCCUGGUGCAGUUAAUCCUUUCAGAGAACAGAAAGCAGCAUUACCUCCAGCCAGGCUUUUGAACUGUCUGAAAGGAUUUGCAAUUGUUGUAUUGUCUUGACAGACUCCUGUCUUUAGAAAUGCUGUACAGCACAGUCUUUUGCAAGUUCCUAUGCUGAUACAUUUCUCUCCAUAUGUAAUCUUUGAAAUCUAAUUUCUAUUGUAAUUCUAGCAUGUAAACACUAGAUUCAAUUUUGUAUUCCUCUAAUGAAUGCAACAGGAUGGAAACACGUUUGCAAUUGCUAAUGAUGAGCUUUUUUACUGUUCUUAAUACUCGUGGGUAUGUCUUUUCUUCAGGGAUUUCAGAAUUGUAUUCGUACCUUUUGAAAUUGUUUUCUUCACAUGCUGUUUACAAUUAAACCACGAGCAUGGGAGGCUGUGCGUGCAUGUGCUUUUAGGUUGCUUUGCUGAAUGAAAUACAGUGGAGUGAUCUUACUUUCAAACCUCUCUGUUUUGAGAGGCUGUGGCUGUCCCUGGCAGUGCCCAGGGCCAGGCUGGAUGGGGCUUGGAGCAGCCUGGGAGAGUGGAAGGUGUCCCUGCCCAUGGCAGGGGUGGAACUGGAUGAUUUUUAAGGUCCAUUCCAACCCACACCACUCCAUGGCUCUGUGAUGCUCGUUUUUGUGUCCCACCUGUCUCCUUGCACCUUUCCCACCUUCCUGGUACAGCAGAAGGCACCAGUGGGGUUAUUCUGGUGUGUUCUGUGGAGAUCUGACAUUGUCAGAGGUUGUUGUGAGGAGUUUUGUUUGGGAGACAAUCCAGCUCCUUACACAAAGUUGUGUUCCAACUGAUAGUUUUUUCCUGAAUGUCGGUGAAAAGGCCAAGAGUAGAUGAAAUCACAGGUGAGAAUGUGUAUGUGUGUGUUAGUAAGAACUUUGUGCACCUUUUAAUGCUGGAAAUCGUUUUGUAUUAAAAGAUGAGAAAGAGCUGUGAGUGUGGAACCCCUGCUAGGAAGAACUAGAGAGAAACUUCCACCAAAGCAGAUGAGAAAAGCAAACAGCUGAAUUAGGGGCAGUCUGACCCUAAUUCUGGUUUGGUUCUGACACAGUGAGGACUGUCUGGGUGGGCUCCUCGAUGGUCCUUGGCUCUGUUUGGCUCCAACAAGGGAAGGGUGUUCUCAUGCACAAGGCAGCUGAGGGAGAGUUGAUGUUGGGGCUCCAGAAUUGCCUGUUUUGUGCCAACUCAGAACUGUUGUUAAAAUGCAGGGGAGAGGGGUUCUUCCACCCCAUGGUUUUAAUAGACAUUUCUGUAGCUGAUUUUUCAAUUAAGACUAAUAAUAAGAAAAACUACAGUUGAGCCAAAAAUGACAAAUGUAAUGGAGUUAAAAUAAUACUUGCAUAUUUUUAAUUAUUAAAUGGAACUAGAUAAAUCGGAAGCAUGUAAAUAUCUGAUUCUAAAUCUUUGCAUAAUUAUUUCCAAGAGGUAAUUUUGCUAUGAGCUAUUAAAACUCCAAGAAAUGUAUUAUUCCCUUUUGAGAUGGUGUGUACCCCAGCUGUGUCAUACAUCUCUUGGCUUGUUUCCUUUUUGCUGUAGAUGUACAUACAUAUAUAUAUUUGUGUGCUGUGCAGUUGUACAGUCACUGCCAUGUUAAAUUGAUUGCUUUCAAAUGAGUAUAUCUGUGUGUUUUACAUGUGUGUGUAUGUACCCCCAAACAAGCAGUUUAACAGGGCAGUGGUUGUACAGUCACAGAAUUUAGGGCUUUGUACAAUAUGUAAUUUUAAGAAUGUCAAUGUGGUUCUUAGCGGGUUUUAUAAACACUUUUCUGAAUCUGUUAUCAGCACUUCCCAUCCUAGGAGAAACUGCACAUUUUUCAGUGAUUGUUCCACUGGUUACAUUUUUGUCUGCCAUUUGUUCUGGAUUGAUGUAACCUUGAUACUACUAAAAUUUCAAGGGCUGUUGACGCAUUUCACAUAGCCUGGGAUUGCCUGUUCUCCAAAUAUAUGGAUCAUGCAUCAACAGUACUAAGUAGCCUUACUGUUUUGCCUAAAAGCCUAGCUAAUUUAUUUAGUAUUCUCUCUUUAAAGAGAGGUCUCUGGAAGGGGUGCAUAUUUUAGGAUGCUCCUUCUCUUUAAAGGGAAACUCGAAUUGACUAGCAGUACUUGUUGAUCAGUGAUAUUAUUGUAGCCAAAGGAUGCAUGGGUGGUUUAAUAGGAAGUUUUUGCUUCAAGUUUCUUGAUGAAAUGUAGUGUUCUACAGAGCUGUGUGAAGAGUGUAGUUUUUUAUUCUGAAAUGCACUUGUACACUUUAUUUGAAAGGUCUGAAUGGAUCAUAAAUACAUUUAAGAAAUAAAUGAUACGUCACAUGUUUUCA